AUGCAGGAUAUGCAAGCGCUGCCGAAUAGUGUACCUAAACCACCGAUUACAAUGAGACUGAUCGUGCCAGCAACACAGUGCGGCAGUCUGAUUGGCAAAGGCGGAUCGAAAAUCAAAGAAAUUAGAGAGGUGUUAUCAAUUCUUUCUUUCGCAACGGGAGCAUCGAUCCAAGUGGCCAGUGAAAUGUUGCCGAGUUCAACGGAACGUGCUGUGACAAUAUCGGGUAGUGCAGAUGCGAUCGUUCUCUGUAUGCAACAAAUAUGCCAUAUACUCCUCGAGGCACCACCCAAAGGUACGACCCUGCCAUAUCGUCCAAAACCAACCUUCAAUCCACUAUUACUUGCUAGUUCAGCAGCAGCUGCAGCUGCACAGCAACAGCAACAGCAACAACAACAACAGCAACAACAUCAACAACAGCAACAACAAGCUAUCGCAGCUACUUUCCUUCAGCCUUAUCCCACCGCCGUCAUCAAUCCUUCUGAUGUUAGUGCUUCAUGA